GGACCAGCGAACAGAACACCUGAGAGCGCGAUAUCGCCUGGACGCACAGUGAAGCCAGCCUGAUAGCCAGCUCUGCAUCUCUCCUGGAUCAGUCUGGUUUACCAAGUGCGGCUGCAACCUUUCAGUUUCAACUUAGAACGGCGCUAAAUAUGGCGGAAGACGAGUCUCAUAGACCACCGCCUCCUUCGUGGAUCGACAAAAAGUUCGUAGAGAGGGCACUGAAAAAUAAAGACAGUAAAAGUAAGGUGAGAGUGGACGCUGCAACUGUCGAUUACGCCAUCAAAGACGGGCUAGGUUACACGAGCUGCAUCUUCAGAGUAGUAGCCACCAUCAAAUUGGACGAAAGCACCUCCUGCCAUGAACUUCCACUCAUAGUGAAGUGCAGCAACGCAGAGGAAGGCAAUCUGACCGAGGUGGGAAAGGAAUUCCGAGUAUUCGAGAAGGAGGCAUUGUUACUGUGCGAGUUGGUGCCAGACGUUCACAGUGCGCUGAGAGUUGUGGAGGGAGAGAGAUUCUCCCCGCUGGCGGCCCGUUGCUACCUGUUUGGGAUGCAGCCCGUAGAGUUCCUGGUGAUGGAAGACCUGUCGGCGGAUGGCUUCCGCUUGGCCGAAGCUGGCCAACCACUCGACUACCAGCACUGUGUGCUAGCUUUGAGAGCGUACGCUCGCCUACACGCCGCCUCGGCCACGCUACUCAAGGAGAGGCCAGACUAUCGGGAACGUUGUUUUCUCCCAGCAUCGACUGACCUUCAGCAAGAGUUCUUCGAGAGCAUGGCUGACAAGAUCUUCAAAGCAGUGGCGAGGGAAUUCAGAGCGACUGCUGGCUACGAGCGAUACGCCGAAAAGUAUGAGAACCUUUCGGAAAAAGUCGUGAAGAACAACAAGACCUACUGGGAAUCUAAUAAUCAUAUGUUAAAUGUUGUAAUGCAUGGCGACUGCUGGAAAAAUAAUUUCAUGUUUAAAUACGUUGGAGGGAAUCCCAUAGACAUUAGGAUUCUCGACUUUCAGUUUAGCAGAGUUCACGGGCCAGCCGGUGACCUGGUGUACUUCCUGUACACGAAUGCCAGUGAGGAGGUCCACAGGCAUCACAUGGAAGACCUGCUGCAAGAGUACCACAGCACGCUGGUGGGCCUGCUACGGCACUUGGGCAUGGAACAGCAGGCCGAGGCUUACACCCUGCAGGAAUUUAGGAAUGAAAUGGAGGCGGCGGCCACCCUCGGCGUGUUCUACAGUGCCAUGAGCUGCCUUUCCAUCACUUCGGAGAAGUAUGGCGCUGACUUCAAGGAGUUCUUCCAAGGAGAUGGCUCUUCAGUCCUAGAAAACGCAUACAAAAAUCCUACCAUUAUGUCCUAUCUCAAAUACCUUGCACCUAUAUACGACAAGAAGGGCCUUCUGUGAGU